UGUUGCGGUUGUUAACGGCUACAGGUCGCAACGGGUGUGUAUGGAAGCAGGUGUACGACAAGGGUGUCCUUUGGCGCCUUUGCUGUACUUGUUUGCUGCGCAAGCCCUUUUGUGUUGGUUACAGCACUGCCAGGUUGGUGUGGCGCUUGAUCCGUUGGAUUCCUCCCUUACCACAGCUGUUCAGUUUGCUGAUGACACUGAAGUGGUGUUGCGAGGGCCUGAUGCGGUGGGGGAUUUCCUCCAGCACAUGGAGACGUUUGCGAAGGCGUCGGGUCAACGCUUGAAUUUGGACAAGGUGGAGCUCUUGCCAAUAGGGGUUCAGACGGGUACUGAGGGGCAGCAGGUUAUUCAUGGAGUGUCGGUAGCUCGUACGGCAGUGGCGCUUAAUGUGCCUUUUACUAACUCGGACACGGUUCCGGGUCUUGACUGGAGCAAACGGUUUCAGGAAGCGGAGAACCGCUUACAGAAGUUGGCUCGCCUUCCACUUUCCAUUUUUGGUAGGGCUACCGGCGCAGCUGCUUAUGCUUUGCAUACGGUAACUUGGCACAUGGAGCAUUCCGGUUUGACUCCGGGUGAUCAGUUGGACAACCUGGGGAGGUUGGUGGCUAAGUUUAUUGAUCGGCACCAGGGUCCGCAGGAUAGGGAGCGUCGUGCCACGGGUGUUCCGGGUAGGCUGUUAGCAGGUCACCCCAGGGCAGGGGGUUUUGGUGCCUUGCCUUUGAUUGAGCAUAUUCGGGCCCGUUUUGCUUGUUGGGGUGCCCGUUUAGUUUGUUCCGCCGUGAUGCCAAGGGAUUCCUUACAUCCCUGGCAGCGUGCUUUGCUUCUGUACCUUCGGCGGUUGCAUCCGGCGUUUGGUCCCCUAUCAUUGUUGACAGCGUCCAGGAGGGGGCCUUGGUUGGGUGUGGAUGGUUUGCCUGAGGAUAUUCGUCGGGUUGUGACUUCUAUGGCAAUUUUACCGCCAGUUACUGACAUUGGGUCGGAGCCUUUGGUACCGGGUAGCUGGUGUUGGGGUGUUCCGUUGUGGGGUAACCCUUUCUUGCCGGUUGGGCUGCCGGGCCAACCUGGUGUGUUGGGUUUGGAGCACCACUAUCCGGUGCUCGUUCAUUGCCAUGCCCUGCGUUCAUUGGGUAUGUGUGUGGCUGCCCUGGCUCAACUUCGUUGUUUUGAGGACACGUGGGAUUCAGCGUUGUUGAACGGUGUGUCGGGGGUUGCUGAGGGCAGGGUGAUGGAGAGGUGCUGGUCCGCUCUUGUACGUCGGUUUUUGGACCCGGCGUCCCCGGAUGCCUGUGCUCUUUGUUCGUUGCCUAGGUGUCGUGAUCUUUUGACGUCUCUUGAGUCGUUGUUGGGUGCGGUGCCUGUGGCUUGGGUGGAGGCUGCUGAGACUUUUCUUGUUGAUGCCUUGCCGCCCCAACCUCCGCCGGCUUCUGAGGUUGAUGCUUGGCAGGUUUUGGUUCCACGUUUGGGGUGGCAGUUGCCUCAUGUUGGCGCCGUUCCUUUGAGGAAUCUGUCGGUUCGGAUGGCUACCGUUCUUCAGCUUGGGGGUGUGUUUGAGGAACGUGCUGUGUUGCAUGCGGCUUUUAUUCGGGAGGCCCUGGGGUUACCUGCUACCCAGCAGCUUCCUGAGGGUGUCUUGGAUGGCCUUCGUGAUUCUUUCCAGCGUCUUUGGUCGAUUCGUUGGGAGAAUGGUUUCAAGGAAGCGUUUUGGCGUCUUUCUAUUGAUGGGGUUCCCUUGCUGGGGAAUUCUCAUAUGUCUAGGGCUCGUCCGGAAUGUUGUGGUUGUGGGUCCGUUGUCUUGGGGGUGUCUCCGCUGUUGCAUUUUUUCUGGGCUUGUCCUGUUGCUCGUGCUGUGGUUGAGCAGCUUGAGGUCUCGCUGGGUGUUGCGGUUCCUCGGGCUGCCUUGUGGUUGGCGUUGCCUCCUUCGGGCGUGCAGCAGUGCGUUUGGGAUGUUGUUGUUUUGGCUGCUUUGUCCGCUAUGGAGGAGGGUCGGCGGUUGUUACGGGCUCGUGUACGUGAGUCCGGUUCUGCGGGUGUUGUGCCUGGGCUUGCUGAUGUGGUGGCCCUGUCUGCUGUUUCCUGGUUCUGGGGUCAGCUUCGGGGUUUUGCUUGUUUGGGUGUUCCCCGUCGGGGAUGGGCUGGGGUUGGCCCUUCUCAUCCUUUCUUACGUAUUGUUGGCGGGCGGUUUUCUGUGGGCCGUUGAGCGUCCUGUUUUUGGCCCUGAUGUCUUUGGGGUGGUGUGUUCGUGGCUUCCGGUUUGGGUUGUCUUAUGCCCUAGAUGAGGUUUGUCGAGGUUUGCUGAGGGGCCUUUUUUGGCUUCUACCCUCUUGUUUCCCUCCUGAGGUUUCUUUUAGGGCUAUGUCUCCCAUCUUGUUGGCCCGUUGUGGUGCUGUCUCUACGGUUUGUUCCGUUUCUUUUGCAAUGUAGGGUUGGGUUCAUCACCCGUGUUCCCUUUUAGGGCACCAUUGUAACGGUCAUUCAUUCACAAA